CAAACGACAACCCCCGUCAAAACCCUCAACCACACAUCAUGUCUCACGAGUCGGUCUGGUACUCCCGCCCUAGGACUUACGGCAAGGGCUCCCGCGAGUGCCGCGUCUGCACCCACCCCGCUGGUCUGAUCCGCAAGUACGGCCUCAACAUCUGCCGUCAGUGCUUCCGUGAGAAGAGCUCCGACAUUGGCUUCGUCAAGCACCGUUAAAUCCUUCAUUUUCGAACGGCAGG